GAGGAGAGCCGUGGCUCUGCAAAGCGGGAAUCCGGGGGACCUUCGAUCACCCCUCAGAGCAGGCAGGCCGCCGAGGCGCAGGCAGUGGCCAGGCCUCCCGUAGGGGGCGGACCGGCGGCCGGGCGGGGCGCGCGUCCUUCCUGGUUGCUGGCGCGCGUGGGUUCCGCUGCGGCUGUGUCCUGCGCGCGGACUUGCUUCCCCGUUUGUGCAACGCGAUCGAGGGCUAGGUUGAGGCGGAGCUGAUCUGGAAGUCUCUCAUUGGCCACUGUCCUUUCUAAAGAAGUCGCUUGCCUUCCAGAGUCCACCUGCCUGAGCUGCUGGGGACUCUUCGUGAGCUGAGAGAAUGGCCCUCUUCAGGCAGCUGUCCCUGGGUUCCAAGGCUGCCCUGGCGGCAGCCACUGUCUUCGUGUCCAUGAUCCUCUCCCGCUCCUUUCUGGCUGAGGCCCUCGAGCUCCAGGCCUGGCGCUGGCUGUUCCGCCUGCAGCUGGCCCUGUUUGUCAACUCGCUCAUGCUCAUUGGUUCCUUGUACAUCUGGCGGAGCACCGUAAGCAACCUCAGCCAUUCCCCUGCCGUGGACUCGACCUGUUUCCAGCUUUGGAAGCUGGUUGUCAUGGCGUUCCUGGUCCUGGCACAUUCCAGUUUUUUCACCAUGCUCUUCUUGGUGGCCGAGGAACCUCACGUGUUUUCCUUAGCAGCCUACUCCUGCCUGGGUGCUUACAUCAUCAUGGUUUUCUUCCUUUGUAUCUUGAACGCCAUGGAGCAGGCCUACCAGUUCUUAGCCUGGCGCAGCGGUAGGGUGGUGGGCAGCCUUGACAAGACAAGGCACCUGGUGCUCAGGCCUGCCCUGGCCGUGGCAGUGACAGCUGUGCUCAGUACCAUUGGCCUCCUGAAUGCUGCCCAGCCCCCAGUGGUGAAAACCGUGGAGGUGCCCAUCCACCAGCUACCCCCCUCUUUGAAUAACCUCAAGAUAGUGCUCCUUUCGGACAUUCACUUGGGGCCCACGGUGGGCAGGACCAAGAUGGAGAUGUUUGUGAGGAUGGUGAACGCGCUGGAGCCGGACAUCACAGUGAUCGUGGGGGACCUCUCCGAUUCGGAAGCCUCCAUCCUGCAGACGGCAGUUGCCCCUUUGGGCCAGCUCCGUUCCCGUCUUGGCACCUACUUCGUCACGGGUAACCACGAGUACUACACGUCAGAUGUCAGCAACUGGUUCACCCUGCUGGAAUCCUUGCGUGUUCGGCCCCUGCAUAAUGAGAACGUGAAGAUUUCCGCCCCCAGGGGCCAGGACGGCCGUGGGGCCGACACGGAGUGGAUCUGCUUGGCGGGCGUGGAUGACAUAGAAGCAGACAUCCUUCACUACUCAGGCCAUGGCAUGGACCUUGACAAGGCUCUGGAGGGCUGCAGUCCGGAUGAUGCUACCAUCUUGCUGGCUCACCAGCCUCUGGCUGCCAAGAGGGCCCUCCAGGCACGGCCAGAUAUAAACUUGAUCCUUUCCGGACACACUCACGCCGGGCAGAUCUUCCCCUGGAAUGUUGCAGCCUAUCUUCUGAACCCUUUCUUUGCUGGUCUCUACCAAGUGGGCCAGGCUACAUUUGUGUACGUCAGUCCGGGCACAGCCUACUAUGGGAUACCCAUGAGGUUGGGGAGCAGGGCAGAAAUCACAGAACUCAUCCUGUGGCGGGCUCCCUAAGCCUGCCCCAGCGGCCCUGCCCUGCCUUGUCUUUGCUCAGCACCUUUGUCCAUCUCCUGCUCCGGCCCAGCCUUGUCAGCACCCUUUGGCCCCAGCCUGCUGGGAUCAGUGAUUUGCAGUGGGGCUACCUGGCAAGUUCAGGCUGGUUAAACUCUAGAAAAUCCAUUGCUUUUUGGUAGUUCACCUGUGAGUUCACUCAGCCACGUAAAUGCGAACACGCGUUUGUUUUCCAGCUUCGGUAGAGAAGGGCCCUUGUGCAGAGGGUGGGGUGGUAGGAAAGGACACCUCUUGCUCAGACUCAGGGAGGAACAAGAACCCUUGUCUCCUGUGGGUUUAAUCCUAGUUAGGACUUGGGUGGAUUCUGACGUUUCUUGGUCUAGAGACAGUUGGUUUGGGCAGGGACCAGGUUGAAGUCGGGUGACCUUCCCUCUGUGCAUCGAGUUCACCUUUGUUGACAUCAGCAGAACCACCAGAGCACAGGGCCCUUCCCGUCUGGACCUUGAGGCGUUCAGAUUGCUUGGCUUGGUGGCUGGAGAAGCAGUCAUGGGAGUUCUGGUGGGUGAUGACUCCGCGAUCUCUUGAGAUCUCCGCGGCUCUGAACCCUGCUCUGUGUCCUCUUGGAUGCAGAAACCAAGGAUAAUAAGGACAGGCUGCUUCUGUGUUCAGGGUGAGGAAGGGACACGGGAUGUGAUGGGGUGUGUUUGAAGGCUGGGAGUGUGGCGCAGUACCAGAGUGCUUGUCUACUUGGAACUCAAAUGUGCCCGACUUGGAGUUACAAAACAAAACUGUAUGUAAGGUAGAGGGAGAGAGAAGGAGUGUGUGUGUGUGAGUGUGUGUGCGUGCGUGUGUGUGUGUGUGUGUGUGUGUGUAUGUGUGUGUGCGCGCACGCGUGCGCGCGCAUAUCCACACAUACAUACAAAGGGGGAGCUAAGUCCUUCUGAAAGUUCAUUUUAUGGUCCGAUGGUUAAGUAGCUUUAUUGGUCAUGGUGAAUUCAGGAUUCUAAGCACAGAUAAACAUUAAACAAGGCCCUAGAGCCCCAUGUUCCCCUCAGUGGUUUGCGUGUUUGAGGCUGGCUUCAGUUCAUUCAUGGCUAGCUGGGGGGAGGCCGUCUGUUGAAUGAGUCAGGAGCUUGGAACCACCUCACCCCCACCAACCAUCACCCCAGGUUUGGGUCUGUUUUUUUGGUUUGUUUUUGGUGAGAAGCUGAUGUUUCUUGACCACCCAUAGGAAAACUGAAGCCAAUAUGGUUGUGAUCCAGCUCUGCCCCUGCAGGUUCCUUCAGGCCCUGGCUACGAAAUGACAGGUCUUACCUGAUGGGGGAAUUCAAAUCCCUCUACCCUGGCCUUUGGCCACAGAAGCACACGGUCAUCCCUAGGAUUUCUAGACCCACAAGAAAAACAAAGUGGGUCUGGAGAAAUGGCUUAGGGGUUAAGAGCACUGGCUGCUCUUCCAGAGCUCCUGAGUUCAAUUCCCAGCAACCACAUGGUGGUUCACAACCAUUUAUAAUAAGAUCUGGUGCCCUCCUCUGGCCUGCAGGAAGAACACUGUAUACAUAAUAAAUAAAUCUUAAAAAAAAAAGAAAGAAAGAAAGAAAGAAAAGAGACAAAGGGAGCUAUUUGUGCCCUGCCUAGAUUUCUUGGUCUAGCCUUUGCCAGGGGCGAGAGAGAGACUUUGUUCUUCUUAUAGCGGAAAGCCAUUGAGAUGUGCUCAGGACCGCCUGGGUAGCUUAGACUCAGGGCCGAGAGGCCUCUGGAAGGAGGUGCAGACAGAUGCCCUCUACCUGGAGAGGAGCUUCCUGCUGCUUGUGAGGGAGAGUUGAUGAACGACAGUGAGUGACCGUUCCUCCUAGAUUCUUGGCUUUCUUCAGCCCCGAAAUGGUGUAAUUCUUGUAUCUACCUCAAGGCUGCUUUGCUGGAAAAGUGUGGGCACUUAGUGCUCUUCAGAGGCCUGCUGAGGAGUGUGCCUGGAGAGUGAAGAGUCUCUGGAGCAGCCAGGCCUGGGGCCUGUCAGUGGGUGGCACGCUGCCCACCAACCGAGUCCAGAUGUCCGUGUGGUACCUACUGAGAGCUCCUUCCUGUCAUGUGCUGAGUGUCCUGUGCACACUUGCUUUGUCCACCCCCGUCUUCUUCAUCUUCUUGUCCUUCUGGUGUGACAGGGUCUGGGGGGUGCAGGAGGCUACUCAAGCAUCCUUGUCUCCCAGCAGAUAAGGCAUUGACAGUGGACCAUCAGUUUUUAAAAACAUUAUACACCUGUAGCCCCAGUACUCAGUGGGUGGAGACAGGACAAUUAGAAAGUUCAAAGCUACUAGUGAGCAUGAGGCCAUCCUGGGCUACACGAGGCCAUCCUGGGCUACACGAGACCCUGUCUUGAAGAAAAAAAAGAGAGAGAGAGAGAGAGAGAGAGAGAGAGAGAGAGAGAGAGAGAGAGAGAGAGAGAAAUAGCUUUGUCAUGAAACUGACAGUCUCGUCCCCCUCCCACCUCCCGCAGGAUUUCAGUGCCCUGGGAGAGACUUUGUAAAAACCACGAUUUAUUAUUGAUGGGAUCCUAGGAGAGGCCACCACUCAGCCCCAGCUCUUCCAGACCUGCUGGGCACCACCCCUCCACCCUCCAGCCUCACGAAGGUCGCUUUGUUCUUCAUUUCUGGCGACUCGAUCCCUUUUGGGGUCGUGACCGGCCUCUCUGUUCUACUUUUCACCAGAGUGGUUUUGACAUCUUGUGCCACAGGAGCUCUUCGACUCCCAUCAUUCUUGUUAUUUUUACUGGUUCCGUGAUCUCUGGGUCUUUCUCUUCAGGGCCCUAUACUAGGCUUGAUGACGUUAUCUUUGGCCACCCUGGGUCUCAUGGUUGAUACCGUCGCCUUGUGGCCCCUGUGCAUGUCAUCCAUUCUGUUCUUUGUUUUUUUUCUUCGAUGCGCAGGGUCUUGCCAUGUAUGCCAGAUGGUCUUCAACUUACAGCUAUCCUCCUGCCUCUGCCUCCCAAGAGCUGGAUGCCAGGCGUGUGUCACUACCCCUGGCUCCUUCAUCCUCUCUAACUCUCUGUUUCAUCAAACUUUCCUGUUAACAGAGGGGGUGGGAUUACAACUCAAUGGUAGAGAACUUGCCUUGCGAAAUGAGGCCCUGGGCUCAGUCUCAGGAUCAGCAGAGAAAGGAAAAGUUGUGAUCAGAGCCAGUGAGGUGGCUCAGCGGUGACAGCCCCACAAAACCUGACUUCAGUUCAACCCUGGAACCCCAUGGUGGAAAGAGAGACCUGACUCCACAGAACGGUCCUCUGACCUCCCCAUGUAUGUUGUGCCAGGUGUGUGCCCACACAUAACACAAAGAUUACAUGGCACACACACAAUAAUAUGAAUAUUCUCUGAAGAGAUGAUGCUUCCUUAUAAAAGAGAAACAGCUAGUCUGUUCUCAGCUCCUCUCUCUCCUCCUGCUCUGGUCAUAAUAGAUUAUUUCCUUCUUCACUCCCUUCCUGCCUCCGGGUUCUGCAGCAUGCCUGGGUCACAGGUGUUUGUGGAACUUCCUCCUUCCCUCCCUGACUGGUCUCACUAAGGAGCCGGCUGCCCUGAACUUCACACUCUUCCUGCCUCAGCCCCCUGACUCUCAGGAUUACAGACACGUGCUACCAUGUCCAUUCUCUUACCGUCAUGUUUAUUUCUGGGGUACCAGUUGCAGUGUCCCCUCUUCCUUUCUAAAUUCAGUCACUGGAGUGUAGCUAAGGGUUUGUUGAUUGUGGUGUUGCCAAAUAUCUAUUUUGCUUUUCCUUUUGUGCUGUUUUUUUUUUCUGGUUAUUAUUUCAUUGAUCUCUGUUCUCGUGUUUGUUUUGGUUUCGUUGUUGUUUGUUUUGGAGACAGGGUCUCAAUAGGUAUCCCUGGCUGGCCUAAAACUCUAGGAGAUCCUCCUGCCUCUACCUCCUGAGGGCUGGAAUGAAAGGCAUGCAGCACCAUGCCCAGUUCUUUCUCUGAUUUCUCAAGGAACUGUCUUUUUACAAUUUUUUUUGUUUGAAACAAAGUCUGAAUAAGUUCCAUAUGUUGUGUGUGCUAUGUCUCUUUAAGUAGGAAACAUUCCUCUUACACAUGUAUGCAAAGAAGUAGAUGAAAAUAAUUGAGGGCAUUUUUAUUUAAUGUGUUUUUUGUUUUUUGUGUAUUUUAUUUUGUUUGGUUUGGUUUGGUUUGGUUUUUCGAGAUGGGGUUUCUCUGUGUAGCCCUGGCUGUCCUGGAACUCACUCUGUAGACCAGGCUGGCCUCAAACUCACAGAGAUCCACCUGCCUCUGCCUCCCGAAUGCUGGGAUUAAAGGCGUAUGCCACCACCACCCGACUAUGUAAUGUAUAUUUUAAAAUUAAUUUGUGUGUGUAUACAAGUGUGUGUUCGUGUGUAUGUAUACAACUGUGUGUAUGUUUUCGUGUACAGUGCUGAUAUGGAAGUCAGAGGACAGCUUGCAGAAGGUAGUUCUCUCCUACCGUGUGGGUCUCUGGAAUUUUUCAGCUUGAUGCCACAUGCCUUUACUCAACCUUUUUUUUUUUUAAGAUUUGUUUUUAUUUCUAAUCAUGUGUAGGUCUUCGUGUCUUACACGUGGGCGUGUGCACAUGAGUGCUGGUGCCUGAGGAAGCCAAAGGCCUGGAGCUGGAAUUAAAAAUGGUUUUGAGUUGCCCGACUCGGGUCCUCACUGAGCCCUUUCUCCAGCUUCCUAGUUUUAUUUUUUAAGACUAUACAUUUGUCUCUCCAUUUCCCCACUGAGACUAAGCUGAUCACUGGUCAGGAGUACAGGAAGGUCAGGAUCCAGACCCAAGGUGCUCAUUGCUCUCUGUGUCCUCCCUCUUGCUGUCCUCUGCCUCUCCCGUAGCACUGUCCUCUUUUUAGCCAGACCUUUGAAAUGUGAAAAAAAGAAGUUUAACACAAGACGUAUAUGAAUAAACAAAAUUAAUAAAUAGAGAUGUGGGGUAGAGCAGGUAUCUGUAAAUCUGUUCCUUGGGGUAUUGUCACCAUGGACCUCAAUUGCUGCUCUUCCCCAGUCCUUGGGAAGUGAUGUAUGGACCACAGCAGCCUCUGAGCUUCUGGUCAGCUGGAAUCACCGUUGGCUUUCUCUUUGACCAUAAGGGACUAUAGAGGCCUUAGGUGUGCAAAGCCCUCCCAGCCACCUCCCCUCCCUUUCCACAGCCGUGGGUUGCUAGUGGAUAGCUGGGUUUUUCCAACCUGGAGCUGAGGUAUUCCCACCCGGAGCUCCACAGGCCCCUAGGGUGAGUUGACAGGGCUUGUGGAGAUAGGAAUUUCCCAGCUUUCUCCCAAAAGACCUGGAGGCCAAGUUGUGACCCUUCACCUGUGAUGUCACCAGGCUGCUUUUACUCUUUGUUCAAGUCCAGGAACUUGCACAAGGGAUGCAGAUAUAUAUUCAUUUUUAGCCCUGAGGACUAGAACUCUUGGAGGAGAUGUUCAAGUUACCCGUUGAUACCUGUACUGUUACUGUUAAUGUUUUGUUUUGUUUUUUAAAGAGGCUGAUAACUGAAAUAAGAAACCCACACUGGUCACUGUUGGACUCUUGAGGAGGACUGGCCUAAGGGUGUUUUGUGUGUACUGCCUUUUUUAAAAAAUCCUCUAAUAUUUGCGCAUUAUGUGUAUGGUAGGGGCGGGGACUUGAGGGAGCCUGAACAUCCAGUAUGGUUGCUUGGAGUUACGUUUUGUGUCAUAUUCCUGUGGUUGUAAUCUUUGUAAACACUGAUGCCACUACACCCUGCAAGUGUGAAAUAAAGAUGUCUCACUCCUGA